CUUUCAACAUGGCGGCCGAGGUGGAUGUUGCAAGCAUCAAACCUCGUAGUUUUUCGUCAUUUUGCUCUCGUGUCCGCUGUUUUUGAUGUCUUCUUCUAUACACGAAGAAAUUUUAGAAGCUCAAUCUCAAGGUUAUACUUUGCUUUACUUGAAUUAUCGCAAGCUUAGUGAAUUGCCUGAGGAACUUCUCUCCUUGUCAAAGAUAAAGAAACUAUAUCUGAAGCGAAAUGUGCUACGAAAACUGGUAAGCGGUGCCAUUUUAGCACAGAUGCGUUCAAUUUAUGUUUCAAGGUUCUUAAAAGCUUUGUUUUUGUACUUUUAUCAGCCAGCAGAUAUUUGGAGACUUGGAAAUCUAGUAGAACUGUAAGUAGCUACAGUGAAUUAAAUGGUUCUUCUUGUUUCUUUGCAGCUACGUGACUACAGAUUACGUAAAACAAAAGAACCAAAGAACCAAACACUACAACUCCCAAUAAUAAUGUUGUUGUUGCUGAUGAUGAUGAUGAGGAGGAUGAUAGUGAUGAUGAUGAUGAUGAAAAUGCGGAAUUCAAAUCAUUAAACUCUUAACGUUGUUAGUGAAAUUUAAAAGUGCAGCGAUUGCCUAAGAGUGUUAAAACAAUCUAUGCACUUGUCUCUAUAACAGUUAUAAAUGUUUUAUCAAAUUGAUCCCUGGAGUACCGAGGGGUAGAAACAUGCCAUUGUCUAUUCACGGUAUCUCCUAUGUAGGAGCAGAUUUUGAUGCCCUAGAUUUUUGUUGUCAGCACUUUUGGAAAUUGCACCUUAGUGGUUCAUGAUUGAUCCAUGAUAAAAUUUUAGGGUUGUGGGAGUUUGGGAUGGGGGAGGCUUUGGAAAUGUUUUAUAAUAUCCCACAGCAAGCUGAAGGAGAACGUUUUAUUUAAGUUAUUUUUGGUGAUAAUAUCUCUGCUAUGGUCUUGGCUCCAAAUGUCUUGUUCUCAUAAUACUAUAAGUCAUGCUAUACCAUUAGGUGAUUUUACUCUUCUAUAUACCACAAGUAUGUAUGUGCCACAAGGUGACAUUCCUCAUUUUUACCUUUUCUUUGAUAGGUACUUGCAUUCUAAUAACCUUCGUGAACUUCCAGAUGGUAAAAUUACAUUAUUUAUUGUGGAUACUAUAUUUUUUUUGUUAAUAAUUGACUGAAAUUAAAGGUCAUGGAGAGUUUAAUAUGAGUUCCAAUAAAACUUUGGUAUAACACUGAAGGCAUUGUUCCUUCUAUGUUUUAGGAAUUGGAAAACUUCAGACACUGGAGAGACUUAAUGUUUGUAAUAACUUCUUGAAAAACCUAACUCCAGCCAUUGGUCAGCUGACGUCACUUACAUCAUUGCAACUUGCCAACAAUGAAUUGCCAUUUUUACCUAAAGGUACCUAAGCCAUAGGGCGAUUACUGUCAAUUCUCUCUUAACAGAUACAUCUAUUAGAUGAACACCUCCAAAAAGUGGGCAUAGAGAGUUGCUUCAUACUAUUCUUCAGUCAACCUCUUUGACCUUCUUUGAGGCAGACACAAAACUUAGAUGUUUAUUAAGUGUGGUUUAAGGGUCUCCUUCUAUUCUAGGAGUUUUGGGGAUUUAUAAUGUUAAAUUUUCUCAUACAUAAUUUAACAUUCUGACCUAUAAAAUAUUAAUUCAUUUAUAAAUUACCUCUGUCCUCAGAAUUAGGGAAUCUAACACAACUAAAGGAUCUCAAUGUCAUUAAUAACAAGCUUGAAUGGUUACCAUGGCAAUUAUGCAACUGUGCAUCCCUUAACAGUUUAUCAUUUGAUGGAAAUGCCAUUCGCAAGAUUCCACGUCAGUUAAUGAGGCAUCAAGGACUAACUGAUCUUUAUGCAAGUGGAAAUAAACUCAGUUCUUUACCUCAAGGUAACACAAUUAAAGGGCUCUUAAGGAUUAAGGAUUUUUUAUUUUGAUCCACACACUCAAGCUGGGAUGAAUUUACACAUCUUUUUUUUAACUUUGUAGUCUGCAAAAACAGCCAUCACUCCUUGCUCCUCACUCUUAGAGACAUCUGUGCCUUAGUGAAAGAAAUUCCAAUGAUGCAAAACUUUAUACUUAAUUGGGUAGUCACAUGGGGUUCCAGAAGCAAAUUUGUUUGAUUUUAUGUUUUACCUGGUUGAUUAUGGUAAAGUUUUGUGUUCUGCAAAUGAGCUUGAGCAAAACUCAAAUGUUUCUUGUAAAGAAGAAUCUUAAUUCAAUGAAUAUUCAUUUGACAGUUUUCACAGUAGAUUCAUUGUGUUUACAUUAUCUUGACUUUUGUGUCUAUUAUCUUUUGUCUGUCAUUAGUAAACAAUAGCUGAAGAACCAGCCCUAAAUAUUAGUGCUUCUGCUUCUUUUUUUUUAUAGAUGUGAAUCAGCUUUCCUCGCUUGAGUCUUUAAUACUAGACAACAACAUGGAUCUUCACCUACUGCCUGCCACUCUUCUCAAAAUGGAGAAUUUGAAAAUUAUUGGCUUAAGUUGGUAUGCAUCACUAUACAUUUCUUAGUCAGGUCACUCUCAGUCUUGGUGUCCAUGCAUCUUAUAGAGAGACCAAGAAAAUGACUAAAGAAGGGCAGGGGUCAAUGGCUUGUUGUAUGUUUUAGAGAGUUGUUGGCUAAGAGAAAGUUUACUACUGUAUAAUAGUUAGGUUGCGCUAACGAAACACUGUCUCAACAUCUUUUGGGACUUGAUUCCCCAUUUUCGCUUCAUUUCCUUACUGAGUAUUUCAGGUGUCAUGGCAGGUCCUAAGAAAAGAAACUCACUUUUAUGCCCAAGAUUUAUAGAAAUUAUAUUUUCUAAAAUAGUGUUACUCUGAUUCUAGUAUACCGGUACAGGUCAGAUAUGGUGUCCUUUACACACAUUGACAGGUCAACAAAUAAAAUGUUUAUAGCAUUAAUAUUUAUGCUUGGUGGAAUAGGGUUAGAGUCCAAAAGAAAAGAAAUUAACUGAAAAGAGAAGGUCAAAGAGAGAAACUGACAUUUUGUAAUGAGGACAUACAUGUACAGGUUAUAAAGUGCCUUUCUUCCUAAUAAAGUAGUCAGUUGCAAAGAACAGUCCUGGAUAGGAUGGGAGGUCCUCUUUUUCAAACUGUUGAUCAGAAGUUGAUUGGGAUUGAAAGUUAAAUAACAGACCUGUUUAAAAAUCAUUGAACCUACAGGUGUAACCAUCCCAAGCAUACAAGCUUAUUUAGCGGUUAAUCAAUGAGGCUGAGUAGGAUAUGAAGAAUUAAGCAGAUCGAGGAGGGUGUUAUCUACUGAGGCCGAAGGCCGAGGUGGAUAAAACCCUCCAAGAUCUGCUCAAUUCUUCAUAUCCUGCGAAAGCCAAAUUCAUUAAUUGCUUUCUUAUUCAUUCAAAAUAAUUCCUAGUGUAAAAACGUAGCUGAUAUAUACUUACCUGCAUCGAUGUUAAGUUCAUCUUCGAUACUGUAGGUUUAGGUUUGUCCAGCUCUGCAAAUAUUCUCCAAAUAGCAGAUGUCCGAGUUGUCUUCUUGCUGUAAUUGGCAUGUUUUUAGCAAUUAUUUCGCCUAGUUCAGGCUGUAGUUCUUACUCUUGAAACAAGUGAAAUGUCCGCCAUUUUUUUUGGGCCAAAACAACUCAACCCCGUCCCCAGGUCUUCUCGGUAAUGGUGCCUUAACCUGUAGAGGGCUGCAUUUUUGACAUCAUUUCCUUGUUAAACACAAAAUUCUUCCAAAUUUAGUUAUCAGUAACCGGUUAUGGUGAAUUAUGCUUGUGCUUUUAGCCAAUCAGAAUUGGGGAAAUAUUUUGAAUAAAUAAUAAUACUUUUUACUAACUCAGUGUUGCUGUUGGCAGUCUGUCCAGCUCAAAAGAAGAACAUUGUUCAGGUGAGCUCAACAAUUUGCAAUGAUUAUAAUUUCUUGAUGAUGAUCACAUUCCUCUUUCAUUCAGUUAUAUAUUUUUUUGUAUUUGUUUCCAAAUCUUCAGUGAAUUUUACUUUAACUUGUAUAAAUGCUUCCUCACUGAAAAUAGCUAGAGUGGCUGGGGUGUUGGGAAUAUUUGGAAAGAAGAUUUUUCUGUAUCAUUUUUGUCAAAUCAUCCUAAAAAGGAUCUCUUGCUCAGUUUGGUCUAAAAAUAAGGGGGGAGCGGGGGGCGGUCUCUCCCCUUGAUCUGUCACUGCUUGUUAUGAAGCAAGUUUUCAUAACCCAGUGUAUCUUGUUAUUUUUAGGGAAUGGCCAUUUUGUAGUAAAGAUAAGGAAAUAUUGCAAGCAAUCGCAUCUGAAAGGCAGAGAAAGGCGUAUAAAGGCCUGAUUCAGAUUUAAAAUCCUUCUUGUUCCAUUUGCUGACAGAUGCCAAUAAAUCGAACAAUCUGUUUUGUUUUUUUUCUUCAACAGAUUUAGGACAAGUGCUAGAUUUGAGGUAUAUCCUGGACAGCCACUGCAGCAGUGUUCCACCCUUGACAGAAUUGUGUUUUAGAGCAGUCCACUCAUUUGGUAAGACGUUUCACACUUGAUGUUCAAAGCCAUAUUAAUUUUUUAACCUUUUACGACAGUUUGUGCUAGCAGGUGUAAACUACCCUUGUUUUAGUACCAGAGCAUGGUUCCCCAGCCUGGGUGUGGCUAGUAAAGUCUCAAAUUGUCUUGAUUUUACUCCUACUGGGUCGAAAAAGUGGCACAAUGUGUAAGAAAAUGAAAUGCCUAAUCUAAGAAACAUGAAAAUAAUUCUGAUAUUCAGUUGAAAACUACUCUUAGGAUAGUUAAACUGUGAUCAGAUUCUAGAUCACAGUACACCAAACCAAUUCUUUCUCCAAGGUGAGGGCCUCUAACAUCCCACCUCGUAAAUGAUAAACUGUAAAGCAUGGCAAUGAUUUGGCGACACUUCAUUUUGCAGUUUGUAAAUGAUAAGCUUAAAUCCCAAAUGAGCAAAUUCCUCCAUUACUUGAUUCACUUGUUGCCUGGUUAUUUAAUGGUGAACAAACUGCCUUUUCAAUAAUUGUCCCUGCUGUAAUUUCCUUUAUAGUUCGAUCCUUUACCGAUGAAAAUUUGUCAUCUCUUCUUCUUCCAUCUGAUGUGACCAGUCUUCUAAGUACACCGACCGGACACUGCUUUAUCUGCUGCAAUCCGUACUUUACGGCAGCGUUCCCUCUGAAAGAAAGCGCUGCUACAGCGCUGCAACUAGUGAAACCAAGCUCGUUGAACUUACAGAGUCUGAGAGAAAUUCAAUGUACAUUUGUCUUCUGUUGCUGCUCAAGGAGGUGUUUGAGUGAAGUCUGCAGAAUGCGAGACAUUCCUGAUUGAGCAAGGACAUUUUAUAAUGGUUGUGUGACCAUGACCUCGUAUGUGAUCGCAUGCGCGGGUUGAACUCAUUGUUUAGUUGAUGACAAAGGUGUGUCGCAUCGAAAUGACACUUUUUAUGAGUAAACGAACGUUAUGAAAAAAACCCUGUGUCUUCAGCGAAAAAACCCCACCCCUCAUCUAAUCCAUGUUACUUUAAGGGAGUGUUCAUUAUUUAUCCUUUCGGGGGGGGGAGAAAAUUUUGAGGUGCUUCCUUUGGGGGGGUCAUUAGAGUGUCAAGAUAGUUAGUGGGGUAAGUUCCUAUCGCGCUCCGGUCGUCGUUUAGCCUGUCAACACUAUUUCCAACCGGAUGUUUUCCUUAACGCGUUCAGCCAAUAAUUAAAGGUGUUCUAUUUCCGAAAGGUAAUAGCCAAUCAGAAAGCACCUACCACAUUCGCAAAAGUAGGUGACGUCGCCGGAUAACGUUAGGAAUUCAGACGUCUCUCUCUAUCCCGCGCGCUCCACGGGUUAGGGGGUGGAGAAAAACGAUUGAAGAAAAAGAGAUUGUUACAGUCAUGGAGCUCCCUUGACUCUGACGGGAUUUCCCUGAAUAAAUAACGGUGCUUAUCUCUAGUUUGAUUUAAAUUAUUUGUUCCAGGCAUUUGCUCGGCCCCACUGGCAUUAGUGCUAUAAAUACUGCAGAGGGUAAAUAAAGGAUUAUUAUUAUUUUUUUAUUCUUUCACGUGGUUUGAGACAUUACUUCAGAGAAACAUUCAGGCUCCUUGACAGGUUUCCAGUUUUCUCUCAUUAAUUAGAGGUGUCAUGAGAAUUCGACAGCUGCCCCCAAAAAAGACUCGCAGUAACUUGUUUUUGUGUGAAAAUCUAGUAAACACUAGGUGAAAAAAUAUAAAUGUAUAAUUUUCCUUUAUGUGAUCUUGGUACUUGGUGUACUUCAAUCACGACCUUAAUUGCCCGUUAUCGUGUGGUGUCCAGGAACAACGUGACCUGUUAACAAUACGGUUCCCCGGCCUUCACUUGUAGUUAAAACAAAACUAAAAAAAUUGCGUCUUGGUUAUUAAUAUAACACUAAAGUAAACUGUUUCUAAAAUUUUCUCAUAAUGGAAGGUGUUGAUUAGAGAGAAUAAUAUUUGUAGUCGAAUUCUACGAAGCUGUGCAUAUAUAUAUAUAAACGUUAGAAACUAACCUCAAUUAGCAUUUUUGCCUUUUGAGUUACUCCAAUAUAACUGAGGGUUAUGAAAGCGAGACUUUCCAAUAACAGUGUGUCUUAAAAAAUACUUCAAAACGUCGUAUUAGUUUUGUUUUAGAGUUAUAGUAAGCAAGCACAUUCAAGCUGUUUCUUGAGAUAAACAUUACUGACCACCUAUUGUAGGUUCAUUAAACAAUUUUGUUAUUUAAGAGAAAAUAAUUAAGCGAUUUGGUGUAACAAGCUUGUAACAAAAACUUUGAAUUCUCAGUGAUAAACAUUCUCACUACAGUUAAUCAUCCAUCCUUGUUGCUUUUUGCGCCUAAAAAUCUUUAAAGUCUGUAAAUUUUCUAAAAUUAAGUCUUUUUAUUGUCAAUAUUUAUGCUGUAUUUUUUAUGAGCCAGAGUGUUUUCUUGUUGUUUGUGUUACCAUAAGUACGUUCUUUUUGGCGAUUUGUUUUAAUAAACCACCUGCAGGCAGUUAAAUUAUUAUAUUCAUUGGAGGGUCGCUAUAACGAUUGAUGCAGUCAUUGUCCCGUAAAGAUGGUUUUGCUUUAAGGUGACGAACUGACAUCGAGUGGACUUCAAGUUUGAAGAUGAUCAAUAGUUUCUGAUUAAUCGCUUGAUCAAAAUGAUUAAAAGUGUGUACGAACAGUCCACAAAUACAACCAACAGUGACUUCUAUUUUGAACAAUAUUUCGCCGAAGAAUACAAGAGAUAUUCGGAAUUCACAAACGUCGUGUAUGUUUUGCAAUUCGCUGUAGCCGUGAUCGGAAUCAUCGCGGACAUCACAAUUUGCGGUAUUCUGCUCCGCAAGAAACGCCUACUGAAAAACUUCUCAAAUUUUCACCUUUUCAACUUAGCUAUGACGGAUGUGGUCUUUAGACUGGCUCUUACACCGGUUUUAUUCGCUAUUGAAAAUAAAGAGGUAAGAGACGGUAGCAAUGCUUUGUGCAAACUUGGAGGAUUUGGAAGUUACACUACCCUGGCUGUCACCUUUGUCCUGCUGUUGGGAAUAACUUUAGAUCGCUAUUUUCAUAUUGUACAUCCGAUCAAAGCCAGAAACAUAACAUGGAAGCACAGCCGAAAAGCUGUAUUUUUCUCCUGGUUAUACGGAGCUGCUUGUUCGUCACCAAUUCUCUUCAGUAUGGAAUACUCAACAGUCGACUGGAAGGAAACAGAUUACGAGGUCUGUCUGUGGGGCGUUGGAUUGCCUUUUCAGAUUUCAUCAAGUGUAUUUCUGUCCUUUGCCUUUUUACUUCCUUUAGCUUUGAUGACAGUUGCCUACGCCAAGAUUUUAAAAGUUCUCUGGCAACGAGCGCGAAAAAACGUCUGUGUCAACUCACAAAUUGCAAACGCUAAAUUUCGCGCGGUGAAAAUGAUGGUGGGUGUGGUGAUUGCAUAUUCGAUAAGUUGGGGGCCGAAGCUAGUUUGGGAUUUUUUGCAAGCGUUCGAGAUAGUUUCUCUAGAGUACAUGAUUGACUGGGAAAGUGAAGAAAUACCUCUGGAAGACAAAAUUAGAGAAGAGAAGAACUACAUAAAGCUACUUAUUAUUGACGAUAGCAUGGAACUGUUAACCUAUACAAGUUCCGUGUUAAAUUCUGUCAUCUUUGGUUAUUAUAACAAGUCUUUCAGGGAGGAACUGAAAAGUUGUUGUUGCAGAAUAAAUUGUUCACAAUGCUUUAAAACAGGUGAUGCGAAGACCAAAAGUCGUAAGAAAACAGGACAACCCGAGCCCCAAACUAUCUUUUUUGAGAAUGAAACGAUGAGAUCUUUAGACGUUUGUAAUUUAGAGGAC